CACCUGCGUAUAGACCCUGUGGAACAAAAAUAUGUUCACUUACAUAGUACACUGUUAAUUUCAUUUUGUUUGUCUUUGUUACGUAUUUCCUUGCCGUCUCUGACUUUGUGAUGGAAUUUAGGGUGUUCCUGUCCUGUGUUCUUCUUACAACAGACGCAGUGGAUGCCCCUGUCCUGACUCUAACCUUAAACUUAUCCAGUCCUGACCACUGUAACUUUACAUGUAAUGGAAGUAACAUCAUCACAAGCUUUAUCUAUGAUAGUAGCAGUUGUACACAAGAGGAAGUGACAACAUCUGAUAAUCACACUCUACGACUGAGCUGCAGUGGUGACUCCAUCAUGUGUAACUACAGCAACCCAGUAAGCUGGAAGUCUGACACAAAGAAGAUUAAUGAACUCUGCACCGUUCAUCACCAUAAUCAAGGUCCAGAAAGACAACAAGCUAAAGAAGCAUCUUUGCAUCUCCUUUGGCUUAUUCCAAUUUGCGCAUUCACAGUUGGUUUGUUCGUGGUGGUUGGCAAGAAAAAAAAAGGUGUGCUGAAGAAUGAACAAACAAUCUAUGCAGAAGUCGAUGACAGGAUCAAGCCACAAAAGCCGCUGGAGAUGAAGGAGAAAUCAGAGAAUCCUCAGACAGUGUAUGAUACUGCAAGAGAUCCAGGACAAACUGAUGCUACCAUCCACACCACACCCAACAACGAACCUAUGAAUGAGGGUGCAUCACUCAAAGGAACGGGAAAGACAGAUGCACCAGUCACUGUCUAUUGUACCAUUCAGCAGAAAUCAAACCCCCUCAAAGAUGACACUGAAAACACUAUUUAUGCUGUGGUCAAUAAACAGCCAGUCGGGUAUGAAUCUGCACAUCCACAAUCAGAAUGAAGCUGGACCCUUACAGUGAUUCAUGUGUUCAGGAAAGCAGUGUUUUCUUCAGUGUAAAUAAGCAGCAUAUUUACCAUGUGCAAUGUGCUCCCAUUGUAGUUGAUUUAGGGUGUUAAAGAUUUGUAAAUGUAAACUUUGUCUUUUUUUAAAACAGCACUGACUGAUAUUUAUUGUUAAAUUGUUGUACAUGUUCCUCAGGAUGGAAUGCAAAAUCUCACAUGGUUUCUGUAGAUUUCUGUUUGAGAUAUCUCACCACUUUUGCAGCCUACAUCGAAAACCCACUUCCUGGAAAGUAUCUGUCUGUUUGAGUUAUUUUAAAGGUUCACAGAGGACGUUUUUUUGCCCACUUGCCCCCACGCUUCUGAAAAACACAAACAAUGAGAAUAUAAUCAAAAACGUAGUACAAAAAAACUUGCAGUAAAGUAAGUAAAAAUCACUGGACUCAAGUGCACUGAGUAUGUCCGUAACUCAACAGGCAUCUGUGUACUGUCGACAGCUUCAGUGAUUAUGAUGGGUUCUGUUGGCUGGUGCAUCUGGUGUAAACAGAUGUUAGCCAAAUAAAGCAAAGUCCCUUUCAAGGAAAGUGAAGCAGAUCACAUAUUUUUACAUUUUGGAUGCAUUAUACAGUAUAUGUACAGUAAGUAUCUUCUUUUAAAGUAUCAUUGCAGUGUCCAAGGUUACUCUAGUGUGGAUGCUUUUUUUUAAACUAAAUGCCAGAUGCAGGGGUGACUGGUGCAAUGAUAUAUAACUAUUCUUUGAUAUUUUGCUCUGUCAUAUGCCAAUUAACUUGUCCAUGUGAUAUCACAAAUGCCACAAUAUCCAAUCAAGUCUUUUAAAAGUAAAUGCUUUAAAUGCUUUUUAAAGUAGUAGUUCACUUCCAGAAAAAAAAUGUACUCACCCCUUCGUCCUCCAAGAUAUUCAUGUCUGUCUUUCUUCAGUCAUAAAGAAAUUGUGUUUUUUGAGGAAAACAUUUCAGGAUUCCUCUCCAUAUAAUGGACUUCUAUGGUGGCCGUAAGUUUAAACUUCCAAAACGCAGUUUAAAUGCAGCUUCAAAGGGCUCUAAAAGGUAAAACAGUGAUGUAUAGGACGAUUUUGAAGUUGGCUAAGAAAAUGAGUUGGGAGUUUUUCAACAUACCCUAACUGUACUGAACCGGAAAAUGCAUUUCACGCAAAGAUAAGCAUUUAAACUGCAUUUUGGAAACUUGUAUGUUUUAAUAUAACAAUGAUCUUAUUUGUGAAACAAGUGAAAAAGUGAUUUUUCAUGCCAUGAGCCUUUUACUUAUGUUGUACUGUUUCUCAUUUUGCUUUGGAUUUUUGUCUUCAAUAAUUUAAUUUAAAACUCUUUGUUUCUUUGUGUUUUAGCCUGUCCACAUGUGUUGAAGCCACUGUUUUUGCAGCUUUUACCAUUUUUUCUGCAACAUGUCUGCAACAUGAUUUUGUUCAACUGCAAUGCGUCUUUGAUAUAUAGUUUGAUUAUAUUGUUUAUAAAUUAAUAGCCAUAUAUUUUCAAGCUACCAUUCAAAAGUAAAUAAAUAC